AUGAAUCAGGAGAAGACCUUGCAAAUAGAUAGCAGCCCAGCGGAUAAGGAGACCCUACUAAUGCCGGACAUCAUACUCAGGGAAGAGAAGCGGAAGCAAAGCACGAUAGCUGAUGUAGCUAUUGUGUAUGAGGACUACCAGAAAAACUCGUUUGGCGCAGCACGUCUCCACAAUGAAGAAAAGUAUCAAAGCCUUGAGACGUUUUACGAGAAACGAAAACAAGAGUGCUUACACACGACAUGGGACUCAAUGAAGGCACAGCGUGGUUUAUACAGUGCGAAAUUAGCACUGACUGUAUCCGCCAGAGCCAUUGCUUUUGGGGUUUUCACAUGGCAGAUAAUGGCACGAGCCGAGCAAGAGGAGGAGGCCGCUCUCGUGCCUCCACAUGAGUUGCAUGAAACACUAAUGAACUAA